AUGGGCUGCGCUCAGCCGCUCACAGUGUGCCCACCCCUAAACACGCCCCUCCACCUCGCUGUGGCUGCGGGCGCGCUGGCCGUUGCGGAGGCCCUGAUGGGGAAGGGCAAAGUGCGGGACGACGUCAUGAACAAUGACGGCCAGACGCCGUUGGACCUCGCUGUGAGAUCGACCAGCUUCUUCUCCAUGGUCAGCCUGGUGGCGACGCUGGCCGCGUUCGAAGCGCAGUCCCGUCCCGAGAGGCGGGACCGCGUGCAGCAGUGGGACGGCCGCGAGAUAACGAAGGCGAUAGAGAAGACGUCCGACAGCCUCGCGGUGAUCGCCGUCCUCGUCGCUAGUGUCGCCUUCACCGCCGCCAACAACCUGCCCGGCUCGUACAAGCAGAGCGGCGGCGGCACCGAUCCCGAAGGGAAGGAGGUCAUCAAAGGCAUGGCGGUCCUCCAGAACGAGGCCAUCUUCAAGUGCUUCCUCAUCCUGGACAGCUUCGCCCUGGUGACCUCCGUGCUCGCGGUGGUGCUGCUCCUCUACGGCAAGGCGUCGCGCUCCGCCGGGUCAUGGAGAACCUUCGCGGCGGCGCUGCACUGCCUGUGGCUGUCCCUGGUGAGCAUGGUCCUGGCAUUCUACGCGGCCCUGGCCGCCGUCACGAGCACGGCGGCUGUCCGCAGCAUCGCGUACAACAUCAUACGCAAUGCCCUGUUCGUGCUGUUGGCCGUGGUCUCGCACUUUGUCAGCCCUCGGGUGUCGUCCCGCACGCUAUCCAAGUACCUGUGGCAAUGUGGCUCUAGAGGACGGCGCAGUGUCGUCGUGCAGCAAUAUCCACUCGUCGGCGCUUUCGUGCGCAACGUGAUUCUAUUCAGGGUUGCAAAUUAUGUUGUAGUGCUUGUGGGCGUUACCACGGUCUUAGCACUUCGGUGACCAUGUGGCAAGAAGGGAGAUGACCCAUGUACUAUUUUAUAUGAGAGAUUUCCUUAUUUGGCCCUAUUUGUAAAUGUAC